GUGGACCCGGGCACGUUCUCUCUGUGCUCAGAGGCCUUACGGCAGGUCAGGAGGAGAAGGAGAGAGAGGGGGGGAGUCCGUAGCCACUUUGGCUCAAGCCAGUCUGCCUCGAGCGGCACGCCACCAGGACUCUCUGUCCGGCCGCCGCUGCCAACGACUCCCGCGCCGGGUAUGGCGCUCAGCGUACCGGCGCGCCAGGGCGGGGGCACCCACAUCGACGAAGGGGCCGCCCAGUCGCUCGCCAGCCGCCAGGUCGUGACCUUCGAGAUCGAGCCCGGGCCCCCCCCGUCGCCGGUGGAGGCCGCCGCCCCGGCGCGGCACGCCGCGCCGCCCGCCGUGGCGCUCCUGGCGGCGCUGGCCGCGCUCUGGUGCUGGUCCGCGGCGGCGGGCCGAGGGUGCACCGCGUCCUGGUCCGACGAGAACCAGGAAGUCUUCCAGCGGGGCGCGCUCUGGGCGGCGACGGUGGCCGUGCCGUAUGCCGCGCUGGCGGCCUGGUGCGUGUGGGUGCGCGGCAGCUUCCAGGCCAGCCUGCCGCUGCACCGGUGGACGAGGGUCUACGGGGCGGGCGCGGGCGCGGCGGCGGCGCUGUUCGCCUCGGACCCGUGGAGCCAAGUGUGCGGGAACUGGCUUUUGGCUUUUGUUCCGAACGUGCUCAUGUUCGCGACCCUGGGGGUGCUGAAGAUCGUCUCGCUGGUUAUCGUCGCGAACAAGCUGGAGGAGCUGCAGCGCCCGCGAGUCGCAUUGGCCGUGCGGUGCCUCUCGGCCGUAAUGCUGCUGUGCGCAGUGCUGUUGUGCUUCGGAGUUUUCGUUGACCUCGCUGACCAGUUUCUCACGCGGCCGGACUGGCUGCUGCCAGUGUGUCGUCUCACGCGGCUGGACGUGUGUCGUCUCCUGGAAGACAUCAGAUUCUACAGCCUGAGCGGCCUGGCGCUCGCCUACCUGGGCGCGUGCAUAUUCGGCGUCUGCGGCCUCCUGGCCGCCGCGGCGCGCGCCCGCUCCACGGGAAGCGCGGCGCAGCGGCGCGCGGCCUGUUUCGUCGUGGCGACGGCCCUCGCCCUGGCGCUCUCCUUGGCCACCAGCGUUGCGCUGCUCUUCGGACACGGUGCCUCCAUGACUCACUGGGGGGCGGCCCUCGACGCGCUGGGCGACUGCCUCGCGGUGGCGCUCUUCUCCGGGCUGAUCGGGCCGCCCUCCCUGCAGGUUCUCGCACGCGAUGCGUUCUCUGCCAUCAACUGCUACACCGACGACCAGCUCCAAUCCUUCUACGAGAUGUAUUUGGAGUACCUGGACAGGGCGCGGGUGAAGUGGGUGCGCUGCGGCUACCUGCGGCGGCUGGCCUCAGCCGGUGACAUCAUGCAGCGUUGCCAGGAGGUACCGCUCGACCAGGUGUUCAUCGGCAGCAGAGGAUUCCCACUUGUACGUGAUGGUGAGAAGAAGAGGUUUGUCCUUUCGCACCCGUGGUUGUCAAAGGAGCACCCCGAUCCCACUGGCGUCAAGUUGAGGCUGCUCGUGCAGCAGCUCGACAUGCUGCAUGCCUCCGACGAUCACGCCGUGUUCGUGGACUACAUGAGUCUCCCCCAGAACGACAAACUGAACCCAGAGCUGCAGCGCAUCGAGGCCGCGUCGGGGAUGCCCAAGCCUGGCUCGCAUCCGUCCGUGCGCACAGUUGCGGAGGAGGCCCAGUUCAAGGAGGCGCUCUCCGCCAUGGAGCAGAUCUAUAGCAUUGGCAAGACGCCCGUCAUUGUUCUGCCCAUGGAUGGCGACGUGGACGCGGGCAGGGAGUACAUUUCCAGAGGCUGGUGUCUUCUGGAAUUCUGUCUCUCCAUGGGCUUCGACAACAUCUCGAAUGCCGCGAUCCACGAGCCUGUGAGGCGCCUGAGGGAGCAUGUGGAGUCCAUGAACGGACACACGGUUCAGGGCUUCCGCGAAGCGUUUAAAUUGACGCACUUCACGAACAAGGGCGAUGCCAACGUCGUUCUCAAGCUGUUCGAGAACACGCUGAAUCUGGCAUCUCGCCACUGAGGGAGCGUUCGCCGCCGAAGUGUAGG